GCGAUCAGAUCAAUCGUAAUCAGCCAAGAUGCUGACGGAUCCGAAGCAGAUGCUGAUGCCGAUGCUACUACCGCUGCUGCUGCUGCUGGUGGCCGGUGCACAACGAUCUGAUGCUGCGCAGAUCACCUUCGGCAGCUGCAUCCCGCAGGAGAGUGCAGAGCGCGGCUUCUGCGUCCACAUUGAGAGCUGUCCCUUCCUGUUCACCAUCCUCAAUACGGAUAAGACGACCCCGGCCCAGCGCACACUGCUCUCGAGGAGCCAAUGCGGCCUGGACAACAGGCGCGAGGGUCUGGUGAAUCGCAUUCUGGUGUGUUGUCCGGUGAGCAAACGCGCCGGCCAACUCACGAAUGUCCACACUGCGGCAGAGGAGCACUUGCCGGGCAACGUUCUGCCCGGCAAUGAGACAUGUGGCAUCCAUUUUGCCGACCGCAUUGUGGGCGGCCACAACACCACUCUCUCAGAGUUCCCUUGGAUGGUCCUGCUGCAGUACAAGAAGCUUUUCUCAGAGGAUUAUAGCUUCAAUUGCGGCGGGACCCUGAUCAACUCUCGCUAUGUGCUGACUGCCGGACACUGCCUGGCCAGUCGCCGACUGGACAUGUCCGGCACAGCCCUGCAUGCUGUCCGCCUGGGCGAGUGGGACACCAAUACGGACCCCGAUUGCGUGACCGAGAAGAAUGGCCAGAAGACAUGCGCCCCCGGGCACAUCGACAUUGAGGUGGAGAAGCUAAUCAUCCACGAGGAAUAUGUCCCCAACUCCAUUGACCAGAUGAACGACAUAGCUCUAUUGCGUCUCAAGCAGAGUGUCAGCUACUCGGAUUAUGUGCGACCUAUUUGCCUGGGCGUCAAUGGCGAUGUGCGGACGAAUCUGUUCGAGGGCUAUGCCAUGGACGUGGCUGGCUGGGGCCUGACCGAGAAGAAGGUGCCCAGUCCGUGGAAGCUAAAGAUCACCGUCGAUGUGUGGAACUUGAAGACGUGCCAGGACAAGUACAGCCCGUACAAGUACAAGCUGAACGAUAACCAGCUGUGUGCUGGUGGCAAGGCGAAUGUCGACACCUGCGGCGGCGACUCGGGCGGUCCCCUGAUGGUGGCAAUCAACACUGGCGGCAGGGAGGUGUUCUAUGUGGCCGGCAUCACCUCGUACGGCCCGGAUCCGUGCGGCCUACCGGGCUGGCCGGGCGUGUACACCCGCACGGGUGCCUUCAUCGAUUGGAUACAGCGUAAAUUGGAGGCAUAAUAAAUAAUGUUUGCUAAUUUA